AAAUAUAACAGUCUGAAUGUGCAUUAAACAUAAUUAGACGUUCGUAAAAAGUCGAUCUCAUUGAGGCAGUUUCAGUUCGCGGUAACUCUAAAUGUUUCUUUGAUAAUGUUUUUUUACCAUCAAACUUGAAAAAACACUGUGGUAAAAUAUUUUACCAGUUACACUAUUAUUUAUUGUAAUACCAACGGAAAUAUUUUAUUGCUCAAUGGAAAAACAAAAAUGGUUAUUCUUAACGCUAUUAUUGACAUAUGCGUUAGCUGAACACGGAAAAAAGUCAUCUAAUAGUAAACAGAUCGAUAAUGCAGAAGAGUCUACAGAAUCAAAACCACCAGAAAAACGUGGUUUAAAUAAUGUACUUGGUUAUGGCCGAGGAACUAAUUCACAUUCGUCGCCGGAAAGUUCUGACUAUUCAGGGUACCCAUUUGGUAACAACAAUGGUCGAGAUGGAAACGAGGGGGAUAGUGAACAGCUAUCGGCUAACAAUGAAAACCACAAUAGUGGUAAUAACGGUUUCAGCCACUUCUUUUUCGAAAGGGGUGUCCCCGAUAACGGAGGCAAUGCACAGGGAUCCAAUGCAGGAUCAGAAGAUCAUCAUAGUUCAAUAGGAGGAAGAAAUGCCAACCACCAUGGUUGGAUGGCUAGUUUCUUUAACAACGACGGAAAACCUGACAUUUCCGGCAGAGGGCACUUUUUCACUCCAGGUAACGGCGGCGGCGGCAAUGAACAACAUAACUUCGGUGGUACACAGCAAGCAUUCCAAGGAUACGGAAGUGGCGGAGAAAAUAUUGAUGCACACGAAUCAACCAACAACGACGGCUUUAGGAGCAACAUUGGUGGUUACGGUGGAGGUGGUUUUGGAGGUGGUGGACACGGAGGAGGAGGCGGACAUGGAGGAGGAGGAGGAGGUGGUGGACACGGAGGAGGAGGAGGUGGUGGACACGGGGGUGGUGGAUUUGGAGGAGGUGGAUUUGGAGGCGGCGGUCAUGGCUACGGAUAUGGAGGACACGUCAGGACAGUGUAUGUGACAAAAGAGGUACCAGUUCCGUAUCCAGUUCACGUGGAAAAAAAAGUUCUCUACCCUGUCCGAGUGCCUUACGAAAAACCUGUGCCGUAUCCUGUCCACAGACCAUAUCCAGUACACAUCGAGAAACAAGUGCCCUACCCAGUCAGAGUACAUGUACCACAACCAUACCCUGUAACUGUAGAGAAACACGUACCGUUUCCGGUAAAAGUGCACGUGGAGAAGCCUGUGGCGGUGCACAUACCGAGACCUUAUCCGGUAUACAUCGAGAAAAAAGUACCAAUAGCUGUAGACCACCCAGUCCCAUACCCCGUGAAAAUACCUAUAGAUCGUCCCGUGCCCAUACACAUACCGGUAGAUAAACCGAUACCAUAUCCAGUGGAGAGGAAAGUACCAUAUCCAGUCAAAAUACCGGUGGACAGACCAUAUCCGGUUCACGUACCGAAACCGUAUCCCGUGCACGUUGACAGGCCAGUACCGUAUGCUGUCAAAGUUCCGGUCAAAGUACCAGUCAAAGUGCCCGUUCCAUACCCAGUGGAAGUUAAAGUCCCUGUUCACAUACCGGUGCACACACAAUCGCAGCACGGUUACGGUAACGAACAGACAAAAAACAAUCAUCAUCAACAACAACAACAACAACAACCACAACAACAACAUCAUGACUCAUACAGGCAAGGUGGGCUACUAAAUCAAGAGAGCUCGUCGGAUACUACCGGAUACGGUACUGCAUUCGUAAACAAUUAUGACAACGGUUUUACCUCGUUCGGCAGUGGCCAAGAACAAGGGACCCCAGAUGCCUACGGUGGUAAUGAAGACUACGGGUCUUCACAUGGAUGAUGCGUGUGCAGUUCACCAAUUUAUAUACCAUAGUAAGUGACAUUUGCUGCCAUUUUAACGAGCUCAUAGCGCUCAACGCAAUCAAGCAUAUUUUAGACUUGUAUAACACUGUAAUAAUAAUAGUAACAUACUAUGCAUACCAAUAAAAAUAAUAUAUGUACACAUUAUUGUCAUAUCAACUAUACAUUUUACUAUUAAAAUAGUCUUUAGCAUAAUAAUGGAAUGAUUAUAAUAUUUUAUUCGUGUUUGUAGAUAUCCUAUACGUGAGCGUACUUAAAAGCUAUAAUAUCGAUGCGUUUAAUGGUGCAUAAUAUUAUCAACACGACCUUGAAUUUUUUAAAGGUUUGCUCUAUAGAAAUACAUUUUUUUCGGUGUGUGAAACGACUCGGCGCAAGCCAUUUGACAGUUUCAAAUCCUGCAGUAUCGUACAGAUACAAAUAUGGAGAGGAAAACCAUAAAUUGAAAAGUCGGUAUAGAUAGGCGCAACGCGACAAAUAUGUGGAUGUCAGUCGGUCUGUUCCGGCGUUUAAAAUGAGCUCCAUUAUUUAUUUUGCAAUCCGCACACGCAAUCCCGCGUAUCCGUGUUUUCCUAUUUGCAGCACCAGCCUAGUGUUGUAGUAGAUCGCGAAAAAUGCCAGACCAAUUACUGAUUAUUUCGGUUGUUAUAACAUUUUUGAAAACUAAAAUGAAUUCCGC